GCCCCCGCUUCCCUUUGCCGCGCUAGCGGUGUCGGGUUUUACUCAAAGGUGGAGAGUGGGAUUCGGCGGGCGGCGCUAGGAGCAGGUGAAGAAGCAUCCUUGUUCCGGCUGUUGCUGUUAUUCUUUCUCCGGUGUCUGAGUCUGGGAAGGACAAGCUUUCUUUGCUGCUAGAGCUUCAGUGAACUGUUGCCCAGAACCUAGGCACUUCAGACAUUUCAUCUCACCCCUUAUUCCGCGUUCACCGUGUAAACCACCUGCACAUUUGUAACCCUGUGAAUCUUCCUUCUGCUCAGUGCCCAGAGAAGGGGUCUAAAGGGAAUUUCAAGUGUUUGAAAGACAGGGUCUUUGCCCACUGCGGGGAGCUGUCUAAGGUGCUGAAGCUUUCCAGGCGUUCGUCUCCUGCAACACCACGCAGAGUUAGAUUGCACAUUUUUCGUUCCUGGCUUUCUCAUCCCCCAUGCCUUGGAUAAGAUUAAUUUCAGGAUCGUGAAAAUCUCUCCGUAUCAUGGCCCACGUGAGACACUUUCGGACAUUCGUUUCAGGAUUUUACUUCUGGGAAGCAGCACUGUUACUCAGCUUGGUUGCAACAAAGGAAACAGACAGUGCAAGAUCUCGAAGUGCUCCAAUGUCACCUUCUGACUUUCUGGAUAAAUUAAUGGGGAGGACAUCAGGGUAUGAUGCAAGAAUCAGACCCAAUUUUAAAGGCCCUCCUGUUAAUGUCACAUGCAACAUAUUCAUAAACAGCUUUGGCUCUAUUGCUGAGACGACAAUGGAUUACAGAGUCAAUAUCUUCCUUCGUCAGAAGUGGAACGAUCCUCGCCUUGCAUAUAGUGAAUACCCUGAUGAUUCUUUAGACCUAGACCCUUCCAUGUUGGACUCCAUUUGGAAACCUGAUUUGUUCUUUGCCAAUGAAAAAGGUGCCAACUUUCAUGAAGUUACUACAGACAAUAAAUUGUUAAGAAUUUUCAAGAAUGGAAAUGUUCUUUACUCAAUAAGAUUGACAUUAACACUUUCUUGUCCAAUGGAUCUCAAGAAUUUUCCAAUGGACGUGCAAACAUGUAUAAUGCAACUGGAAAGUUUUGGGUACACAAUGAAUGAUCUCAUUUUUGAAUGGCAAGAUGAGGCGCCUGUACAAGUGGCCGAAGGACUCACUUUGCCCCAGUUUCUGCUGAAAGAAGAGAAAGAUUUACGAUACUGCACUAAACAUUACAACACAGGCAAAUUUACAUGUAUAGAAGUGCGAUUCCAUCUUGAACGACAAAUGGGAUACUAUCUGAUCCAGAUGUACAUUCCCAGUCUCCUGAUCGUGAUUCUAUCCUGGGUUUCAUUCUGGAUCAAUAUGGAUGCUGCUCCAGCCAGGGUAGCCUUGGGAAUAACUACUGUUCUGACUAUGACCACACAGAGUUCAGGAUCUCGAGCGUCCUUACCAAAGGUUUCAUAUGUCAAAGCUAUUGACAUUUGGAUGGCAGUAUGCCUCCUUUUUGUGUUUUCAGCACUUCUGGAAUAUGCAGCUGUAAAUUUUGUAUCUAGACAACACAAAGAACUUCUGAGAUUUCGACGAAAGAGAAAGAAUAAGACAGAAGCUUUUGCAUUGGAGAAGUUUUACCGUUUCUCAGACACGGAUGAUGAGGUAAGGGAAAGUCGAUUCAGCUUCACAGCCUAUGGAAUGGGGCCAUGUCUGCAAGCAAAAGAUGGUGUGACCCCAAAGGGCCCAAACCAUCCUGUCCAGGUAAUGCCGAAAAGCCCUGAUGAAAUGAGGAAGGUCUUUAUCGACAGAGCCAAGAAGAUUGACACCAUCUCUCGAGCUUGUUUCCCAUUAGCCUUUUUGAUUUUUAACAUUUUCUACUGGGUUAUCUAUAAAAUUCUUAGGCAUGAGGAUAUUCAUCAGCAACAAGAUUAAGCCUCCGGGAGCAUGCAACUGCGAACGAUCAAUUCAAAGGAAAGUUUCUUUGCCAUGGGUGUGUGUAUGUGUGUGUGUGUGUGUGGUAUACAAAUAAGGACCAUCAAAUUAAAGUGGCAUAUGGGAAGGUAUUAUUAUGAUUUGCUCUGCAAAGUCACAGGCAUAUUAAGAGGCUUUUAAUGGAUACAAAAAUAUAUACUAUGAGGAUUCUAUUUCAUAUUACUUUAAGAUUAUCUGUCCUUUCACAGUAUAUCCUGUAAGUGGACAUAUUAUUGCCAAUGUGUUUGUGUUGUUAUAUAAUGUCACAUAAUAGUACACGUGAAAACUUCUUUGGAAUUUCUUGCUUUUCAGCUCAAUGACAUUAAAUCUUACAAAAGUAAAUUUUGCACAAUUAACUUUAUAAAUGGAAAAAGGGAAAAUGUUGAAGACUUUAAACAUCAGUAGCUUGAGGCUUUAAAACAUGUUCUUAUGCUAUAGUUACAAAACAGAAAAUAAUCAGUUAAUUCUGUAGAAAACUCACGCCCUCAGAGGAUUGCACAUACAGAUACUACCGGCCCAACUUAUGUAAUACCAAAAAUAUUCAAAUCAUAAAUUUAAAAUUAAAAAGUUUUGUUAUUUAUAUACUAAAUCUAAUUGUUUCAAAUACAAUAUUUCCCUCUUUGGAAAUCUCAAACAAAUGGCGUAACAGAUCAUAUUAUAUACAAAAUCUGCUUUUCGUAGCUAUAUCUCUAUGAAUGAAGAUGGAAAUACUGAAAAUAACAUUAUCAUUUUUAAAUAAGUGUUAUAGGUGUGUAUUUAGAAUUAUUGCCAAACACUGAAAACCGCAAGCCAGCACCCUUGUUUUGUUAGUUUUUUAAUAGCUGCUUAAUUGUCUGUAUGUAAUUAUGUUUAAUGUUUUGAUAUAAUUGAACAAAGUUCAUUAAGAUUUUUAUAUUUUAGCUUAGAAUGAGACUUUAAAGUUCAAUGGGAUUAUAGUAUUUACAUUUUGAUAAAAAUGAAUUUAGUUAAAACAAAAAUGGAUUUAUGAAAGAUUUUUUAAAUAAGAACAGUUUUCCGAUCAAAGUUAUAUAGGUUCAAACUCUUAGCUCCAAAUGUAAGGAGGGAAGAUUUUAAUUCUAAAUUAUAUAAAUAAGUCAUUUCUAUAAAGUGAGGAUUGGUUGUUUUUAUAUUUCUGAACUAAUGAUUUCAAUAUAUAUGCCAUUCACUAGAUGUGAAUAAUUUUAAAUACAAUUUUUACUUAAAAUUUAUCAGCAACCCAUGGAAUUAUUUCAGUUACAAUGGGGCAUUAACCAAUUUCAUGCAGUGUAAUUAAGUACAAAUAUAUGAUAGAGUUCUUGGUUAAAUUGAACCAGGUUCUGAUUCUUUUGAAUUUUUGCUAUUUUUCUGCAUUAUUUUUAUCAUUAUUGUUGUAUUUUUAAAAAGCUCUAGAAUGCUCUUUAGAUAUGUUUAAUUUUUGGUCAGAUUUGCUGAAUAGAAACUCAAUGUGCCAAAAGGUUGACAGAGAAAAGUUUAAACAUUAAGAAACAAUUAACUCAGCUUUAAGAGGAAAAAAUAAGCCAGUCUUUGAAUCCAAUGGUAUUAUUUUCUGAAUUUGAGUCAAUCUCAAACUAAAAGCAAGAACUGCCAUUUA